AGAAAGAGAGGAGAAAGAGAGAGGGGAGAAAGAAAGGAGAAAGAGAGGAGAAAGAGAGAGGGGAGAAAGAGAGAGGGGAGAAAGAGAGGAGAAAGAGAGAGGAGAAAGAGAGAGGGGAGAAGGAGAGGAGAAAAAGAGAGGGGAGAAAGAGAGAAGAGAGGGGAGAAAGAGAGGAGAAAGAGAGAGGGGAGAAAGAGAGGAGAAAGAGAGAGGAGAAAGAGAGAGGGGAGAAAGAGAGAAAGAGAGAGGGGAGAAAGAGAGGAGAGAAAGAGAGGAGAAAGAGAGAGGGGAGAAAGAGAGAAGAGAGGGGAGAAAGAGAGGAGAAAGAGAGAGGGGAGAAAGAGAGGAGAAAGAGAGAGGAGAAAGAGAGAGGGGAGAAAGAGAGAAGAAAGAGAGAGGGGAGAAAGAGAGGAGAGAAAGAGAGGAGAAAGAGAGAGGGGAGAAAGAGAGAAGAAAAAGAGAGGGGAGAAAGAGAGAAGAGAGGAGAGAAAGAGAGGAGAAAGAGAGAGGGGAGAAAGAGAGGAGAAAGAGAGAGGAGAAAGAGAGAGGGGAGAAAGAGAGAGGGGAGAAAGAGAGGAGAAAGAGAGAGAGGAGAAAGAGAGGAGAAAGAGAGAGGAGAAAGAGAGAGGGGAGAAGGAGAGGAGAAAGAGAGGGGAGAAAGAGAGAAGAGAGGGGAGAAAGAGAGGGGAGAAAGAGAGGAGAAAGAGAGAGGGGAGAAAGAGAGAAGAGAGGGGAGAAAGAGAGGAGAAAGAGAGAGGGGAGAAAGAGAGGAGAAAGAGAGAGGAGAAAGAGAGAGGGGAGAAAGAGAGGAGAAAGAGAGAGGGGAGAAAGAGAGGAGAAAGAGAGAGGGGAGAAAGAGAGGAGAGAAAGAGAGGAGAAAGAGAGAGGGGAGAAAGAGAGAAGAAAAAGAGAGGGGAGAAAGAGAGAAGAGAGGGGAGAAAGAGAGGAGAGAAAGAGAGGAGAAAGAGAGAGGGGAGAAAGAGAGAAGAGAAAGAGAGGAGAAAGAGAGAGGGGAGAAAGAGAGGAGAAAGAGAGAAAGAGAGAAGAGAGGGGAGAAAGAGAGGAGAGAGGGGAGAAAGAGAGGAGAGAGGGGAGAAAGAGAGGAGAGAGGGGAGAAAGAGAGAAGAGAGGGGAGAAAGAGAGAAGAGAGGGGAGAAAGAGAGGAGAAAGAGAGAGGGGAGAAAGAGAGAAGAGAGGGGAGAAAGAGAGGAGAAAGAGAGAGGGGAGAAAGAGAGGAGAAAGAGAGAGGAGAAAGAGAGAGGGGAGAAAGAGAGAAGAAAGAGAGAGGGGAGAAAGAGAGGAGAGAAAGAGAGGAGAAAGAGAGAGGGGAGAAAGAGAGAAGAAAAAGAGAGGGGAGAAAGAGAGAAGAGAGGGGAGAAAGAGAGGAGAGAAAGAGAGGAGAAAGAGAGAGGGGAGAAAGAGAGAAGAGAGGGGAGAAAGAGGAGAAAGAGAGAGGGGAGAAAGAGAGGAGAAAGAGAGAGGAGAAAG